AUGGCUGAAAUGAUGAUGCUCACUGGUAGAGAAGAGCCGUCCCGACCGGCUCCUCGCCUUUCCACCUCAAACCACAAGAAACGUCUUCAAGUCAUAUCUCCAUCCACGACCCUCCUCCACUCUCUCCUAAGCCGUGCCCUGGCGUGCUCUCUGGCUUUUAGACCCCCGACCCCACUCUAA